UUUGAACCCGGAGGGCGGUGACUCCGCCAGGACAUGGCCGCUGCGGCCCGGCGACUGCUGGCGGCCCUGCGCGAGGAGGAGCCGCGGGCUGUGGAGGAGCUGCUGCGCCGGGGCGCCGACCCCAGCCUGGUGCUGGAGGAUGGCGCGGCGGCGGUGCACCUGGCGGCCCGCGCGCGCCACCCGCGCGCCCUGCAGUGUCUCCGCAUCCUGCUGCGCCGGGGCGCCGACCCCAAUGCUCGGUCCGCCGAGGCGCUGACGCCCGUGCACGUGGCCGCCGCGUGGGGCUGUCACGGCGCCCUGGAGCUGCUGCUGAGCCGCGGGGGCGACCCCACGCUGAGAGACCAGGACGGGCUCCGGCCCCUGGACUGGGCGCUGCGGCAGGGGCAUCACAACUGCGCACGCGUGCUGCGGGACCUGGACACGCCCACCCGCCCCCGGGAGGAGACCCCGAAGCCCGCCAGGAAAUUUCCUGUAGCCCCGGCUGGCGUUGAAUCCGCCCUGUGCCCAGGACGUGUCUUUGCGGGGUCUCCUGGCAUCUCUACACCUCCGGAUGCGUCGCUGGACUCGGGGCAGCACAGGCGCAGAGCUGAGCCGGCGGCUGCCGGGAAGGUGGUGGUGGAGCCCCGGAGCCCGGAGGCUACCGGGAGCCCGGACUGCAGCAGCAGCGACUCCUUCUUCACCGCGUUGGAGGACUCUCUGCAGCCCCGGCGCCCUGCGGGGACACCGGGACCAGCGGGCAGCCCAUGGCCGUCCUGUGGGGCCGAGGUGGCUGGGGACGGGGCACUAAGCUGCCAGCUGCAGGCCCUGAAGUUGACCACAGAGGCCACCAAUGUCCCCUCCCUGCCUGGUGAUGGGGACCCGGGGGCCUCGCACCCACAAGGUCCCAUGUCUGACCUGCAGCUGCUCCAGGCCCUGAGGGCGCUGGGCUACAGUCCUGGCCCGGUCACUCCUUUUACUCGAAGACACUACCUGCGGCGGCUGCAGGAAGCCCAGGCUAGCCCGGGGCACAGUCCAGAACUGGCCGAGGCGCUGAGGACAGGCCACAUCCCUGACUGCCAGGCGGAUGAGGCCGCCCUGGCUCGGCACUUUCAGCAUCCGGAUCCCGCAAAGAGGUGGCGGGAAGGCGCCGCCAAGUCCAGCUUUACGUAUCUUCUUCUCGACCCCAGGCAGACGCGGGGCCUGCCCGCCCGAGCAUCCUCCCUCACUCUGGCCGAGAGUCUGCAAUGUUUCGUGCAAGCCAUCUUCUAUGUGGGCAAGGGGACCUGUGCCCGGCCAGAUGCCCACCUCUGGGAAGCCCUCGGCUACCGUGAGCGGCCAGGGAAAAAGGCCUGUCCCAAGGUCCGCCGGAUCUUGGAUAUCUGGGCGAGCGGCCGCGGAGUCAUCUCCCUACACUGCUUCCAGCACGUGGUGGCCGUGGAGGCGUACACGCGGGAGGCCUGUCUGUUGGAUGCCCUAGGGAUCCAGACACUGACCAACCAGAGACAGGGGCACUACUAUGGAGAGGUGGCCUCUUGGCCACCCACGCAGCGGCGGCGUUUGGGCGUGCACCUGCUACAUCGCGCUCUGCAGGUGUUCCUGGCCGAGGGGGAGCGAGAGCUGAGGCCCCAGGACAUCCAGGCCCGAGGCUAAGUGCUGAGGACGUGACCAUGGAGCCCGAGCCUCUGGGGUGUCUGAGCGUCCCAGGGGCAGGUCCCUGCCUGUGUCCCGAGCUCUGGCUUCAAAGGCAUAGUGUGUGUGUGUGUGUGUGUGUGUGUGUGUGUGUGUGUGUACACAUGUGUGUGUACGUGUGUGUGUGUAUAUGUGUGCUUAAAUAUGUGAGUGAUGGUAUGUCUCGGUGCUUCUGGACGGGUAGUGAGCUUCCCAUCGUGGGAGGUAAAACCAGCUGAGGGAGCAGAAGGUACUCUAGAACAUUCUACUUUGUUUCCAUGUCUCACCUUUUGAUGGAAGGAGGGCUUGGAAGAGAGAUCAGGCUAGGCGUGUUGGUAGUGGUCCAGCACAGUCUUUGGGAGGAUGGGGCAGGAGGACGCUAGUUGGAGACCAGCCCGGGCAUCUCAGUGAGACUGGAAAGUGACAUGUAUUUAUAUUUGGUUAGAGGCCUCUGUGUGUGUUUGGUGGUGACAGCCCUUUCCCUGUGGGUGUCCACGGGCUGGGCCCCUGGAGUGGUGCAGCAGAUCCAGGUCCCCCCUGUGCUCUUGGGAGCAAAUCUAAGACCAAGCAAGGCUGAAGGGCUUGGACUGGCUGGCUGGGGUGUGUGUGUGUGUGUGUGUGUGUGUGUGACUGACUGGUGUGUGUGUGACUGACUGGUGUGUGUGUGACUGGCUGGUGUGUGUGUGUGUGUGUGUGUGUGUGGUGUCCCCAGGGCUUCCCUACCCCUCUGCAUCCCUGUGCUGUGUCAGCCCCUUGCCCUCCAAGCAUCCAGCCGCAUAAAGCUGUGCCCUGCCUACCCGGUCCUCACCCUUCUCCACCAACAAGUGGCUGUCUUCCUCGGGGAGCUCCAGGAAAACCCGCAGCAGGAUCUGUGGGCACACCGGGAAGUCCCUCCUGCUGUCCACCCUUCAGCCCCACCCAGUGGGAUCCUCAGGAUGGCCCGUCGCCCUGCAGGAGCCUCGCCAGGCCAGAUGAGGGCACCAGAUCUUAUUAUGGAUGGCUGUGAGCCACCUGUGGUUACUAGGAAUUGAACCCAGGACCUCUGGAAGAGCAACCAGUGCUCUUAACACCUGAGCCGUCUCUCCAGCUCCCAAGCCAUAUCCUCUUAAACCAAGCCACAUCAAGGCUUGUUGCCUAGAAACCAUACUCACCUGGAAGCUGUGGACCUGUGGCACAGGAUUGUACUUGGAUUCACACAUCGAGGACCACGCCCUCCAGAAGCCAUGCCCCCAGGCUCCACACCCCGACUGCUGCUUCAGUCUGGAGCCUCAAAAUGGCAGCCCUUCCGGUUCACUUAAGUGCUAGCUGGGGCUGGUUGUGGGCCAGGAACUAGGUUCCCAGCUCAAAAUCUGUUUUUUUUCUUUUCUGUUUUUUUUUUUGUUUUGUUUUUGUUUGUUUUGCUGUUUUUGAGACAGGAUUUCUCUGUGUAGCCCUGGCUGUCCUAAAAGUCAUUCUGUAGACCAGGCUGGCAGAGUUCUGCCUCUGGAGUGCUGUGAUUAAAGGCAUGAGCCACAAUGCCUGGCUCCAACUCAAAUUCUUAAUGUCACUGUGGAGCCGGCAAAAGGAGACUCAAUCAUUAGCAAGGAUUUAGAGCCCUGAGGGCCUGGGACAUCUGAGUGCUGGCCUGGCACACA